AUGUCUUGUUAUGCAUCACUAGGAGUAAUUAGAAGAAAAAUUCAUAACUUUUACGUGAGAAGAGAAUUUCCGACAACUAAAGCUUUGUAUGAAGAAUUGAUAAAUGAUGUACCUGAUUUGCCACACUUUAAAUUAUCAACAUUACGAAAUUGGAUGAAAAAUUUAAACUUUUCUUAUGUUAAACUAAAAAGAAAACCAGUAUGGAUGGAAAGUAGUGCAAUAGCAGCGCAAAGGGACAAUUUUCUACGUAAUAUUAAAUUCUAUCGUGAUAAUGGCUACAAUAUCUUUUAUACUGAUGAAACAUGGUGCGGAGCAAAUCACACAAGAAAGUAUGGUUGGGUUGAAAAUUUAGAUUCAAGUGAAAAUAGUAAUUUUGAUUAUUAUCGCAAUAACGUACAAGAAGUUUUUGGUCAACGGGGAGGAUUUAUAACGCCAUCUGGGUCGGGACUUCGAGUUAUUAUUCUACAUAUUGGUGGAAAAAAUGGAUUUGUAGCCGGAUGUUCAAAAUGUUUCAUCGGAAAAAAAGGAACUGAUGAUUAUCACGGUGAAAUGAACGCGAAACACUAUGAAGAAUGGUUCCGGCAUGUGUUAACAGUUCUACCACCAAAAUCAGUAAUUGUUAUAGAUCAAGCACCAUACCAUACAAUGCUUGAUCCAGAAUUUCGAAAUCCUACUGCUGAAUGGUUAAAAGCCAGGAUUAUCGAAUGGUUAAUUAAACGUGGAGUACCAGUACCCGACUUUGCAGAAGACUUUAAUGAUUUAACAAAACAAUCUUUGUUAGAAUUGUCACGAAGUUAUCGUUAUCCAAAACAAUAUUUACUUGAAAAAAUAACAACAGAAAUUCGUGGCAGUGAAAUUAAAUUAUUAUGGUUGCCUGUCGCUCACUGUGAAUUCAACGCAAUUGAACUUAUAUGGGCAUUUGCCAAAAAUUAUGUUGCAAAGCAUAAUAAAGUUCACAAAGUUCAAAAUGUCCAUAAGUUGUGUUUAGAAGCCUUGGAUCAUGUAACACCAUUACUAUGGUCGAACUGUGUUAGACAUGCUGAAGCGGAAGAAGAAAAAUCAAGAAAAACAGAUCAAUGUGUUGAAGCGCAAAUUGAAUCUCUUAUUAUUAACACUGCUGACGAUAGUGAUGAUGACGAUCAAGAAAGUUUAUCCUUAAAUAAUUCCGAAGAGGAAUUGUAA